ACAGACAACAACUAUAACAACUUCUGUCGUAGGUUUACUAACCGGAUGAUGAUCUACGCUAUUCUUCUGGCGAUCUUGUCAUGUUUUUCGUACAUAGUCGCAGGAGCGCUGUUCCUGGUGAUCAUCGCGGUGGCGAUCAGGCACGACCUGGUGUCAGCCGCAAUCGACAGAGAGCUGCAACGUCAACGACAGCGUACGGUUGUAACCGCUGCCGUCGACGACACCGACAACCGCAAAUGGACGGACGCUGCCGAAAAGCUGGCCUUCGAGGCCGUGCCGCCCGCGGUAAGGAUCCAAAUGUUGAUCAAUCGUCUGCAAAAUUACACGACCGAUCACCUGGAUCCGUCGGACAAACGCCUCCAAAAAAUCGGCGUUCGGCUAACCAGAAUGAUGGUCACGUGUCGCCGGGCUCGAAUGGCCUACGAUUUUGAGUCGUCAGAAAUGCACGUGUUGUGCGCGUUGUAUAAUCAUCAAACAACGUCAAUCGGAACAAAUACAGACAACACCGACAAUUCAGAUAUUUCUAAAUCAACAAUUGUUAAGGAACAUUUUGAAUCGUCCACAGUAAUGACGGUUUCCAAUGUUGAACCUUCCACUCAAUCUUUGCCUAUCGAUGUGAAAUCCUGGUCGAGAUCAAUACCUUCUGCUAACCAAACGCAGUCGCGGUUAAUAUCAACGACUUCGAUUUCCGACGUUCCACCGACACAACAGGAAUCCCUUGUCGAUACAUUUAAGGAACUCACGCCGUAUCUUAUAUCACUCGUUUUAUGGUUUAAAAAUGCCUUGACCUCAGACGCGUAUAGGAAAAAAGCUAUUAGAGUUUAUAAAACGUUAUACUCGAUACUUCACUCCCAAUUUCUAAAACAAUGUUUCAAAUUCGUUUUCGACAGCUUUGAUAAUUUUGUUAGGCUCUAUACACACAUAAACACGGAUAAUGACAUGACCUCAGUCAUGAUAAGAAUACCAGCAACAGAAAACGAUUAG